CUCUCGGUCACCAUUUUGGGGCUUAGGGUUUUAUCCGUUCUCUAGGGUUCCUUCUCCAUUUCCCUUCUCCCUUUCCUCUCCUCUGCGGCGACUCUCUUCUAGGGUUUUAUAGAUCCCAUCGAUCCCAUCGCCAUGACGGCCCAGACGCAGGAGGAGCUCCUUGCUGCCCACCUCGAGCAGCAGAAGAUCGAUACUGAAGAGCCUGUUGUUGAAGACGAUGAUGAAGAUGAUGAUGAUGAUGAGGACGAUGAUGACAAAGAUGAGGAGGAUGCUGAGGGGCAAGCUGGUGAUGCUAGCGGAAGAUCAAAACAAAGCAGAAGCGAGAAAAAGAGCCGCAAGGCCAUGCUGAAGCUCGGCAUGAAACCCAUUCCAGGUGUCAGCCGUGUCACUGUCAAGAAGAGCAAGAAUAUACUAUUCGUCAUCUCAAAGCCGGACGUCUUCAAGAGCCCUGCCUCAGACACUUACGUAAUAUUUGGCGAGGCGAAGAUUGAGGACUUGAGCUCUCAGCUGCAGACACAGGCCGCCGAACAAUUCAAGGCGCCCGACCUCAGCCACGUAGUCUCGAAGCCCGAGGCCUCUGCCAUGGCUCAGGAUGAGAACGAGGAGGUGGAUGAGACCGGGGUCGAGCCCAAGGACAUCGAGCUCGUCAUGACCCAGGCUGGGGUCACUAGGGCCAAGGCCGUCAGAGCGCUCGUAGCGGCCGACGGUGACAUUGUCACCGCCAUUAUGGAGCUCACCAAUUAAGUGCUUUUGUAAGACUCGUUCUAAAAAUAGUUAUUUAUUUUCCGGAGGCGUUCAUGCUCGUGCUUGUUUCGAUGGAAUCAAUGUAAGAGUUUUUUUUUUUUUUUUGUGUGUUUUUCGCAUGCUUGUUGUUGAACCUUCACAACUUUUCGCCCAUGCUGGCGGUUAUGCUGACAAUUUAAGAUGUGCGAAUUCCAUAUGUUUAAUGUUGGGGUUUUAGGUUUACUUCAUAU